ACACCUCUCCCACGAGCGCUGCGCGAGAGCUAUGUGUUGGAAUGCUUGAGUCUCGCGCAUUUCCUCGACCAACUUAAGAGUUUGGAAACAACUCCGCAAUAAGAUCGAUUCUACAAGAACAUCGCCAAACAGCGAGUGAACACCGCCGCUGGUUGAGCAUGUCUGCUCAGACAGUGUAUCCAGCAACAGCUGGUAUCUUCAUGCCUUCUGUAGGCAUCCCACUGCCAGGGGAGGGCCAUGACCUCCCCGAGCUGUCUCGGAACGACCUGGCUGCCCCUCAGCUAGUGAUGCUGGCUAACGUGGUGCUAGCAUCAGAGACGUCUCCCUCUGAAUAUAAUGCAGAGGAGAUACAAAUGGUUGAACUCAAGACUGUUGGAUGCAACAGCUACUCUGACAGUGAGGAAGAGGGUAUUAUCAGAUACACUCUUGACAACACCGAGAUGUCUGAGGACAUGUACGCUGAACAGGCCACUCGGGUAGAGCCAGAGGUGACGGAAAGAGUUCUAGAGCAGAGUGCCAUAGAGCGAGCAGAAAACCGCUCAAAACCUUCUGAAAAAUACCCAUCUGAAUCCUCAGCUGCAGAGAAACGUAAGUGUGACCCAGUCUUCAUCUUUGAAUGCAACAAAAAGAAGAAGAAGCCCUUCUUCUGUAAACCCUGCCAGUACCAGGCCGAUUGCGAGGAGGACUUCAUUCACCACAUCCGUGCUCACAGCUCCAAGAAAAUGAGCGUGGCAAAUGGAGCGGGAGACUCCAAUGACGAUCUGGCUUGUGAGUCAGGCCAAUCUUUGACAGAAACCCCAGAGAACAGUGAAAGUUUGAACUAUAAAGGCGUGAUCAGCUGUGAGCGCUGUGGAUACAACACCAACCGUUACGACCACUACAUAGCCCACCUUAAACAUCACACUAAGGAAGGUGAAGAUCAGAGAGUUUUCAAGUGCACCAUUUGCACUUAUACAACCAUCAGUCAGUACCACUGGAAAAAACACUUGAGGAAUCACUUUCCAAGCAAGCUUUUCACCUGCAGCCAGUGCUCUUAUUUUUCUGAUCGCAAAAAUAAUUACAUACAGCACAUCCGAACCCACACAGGUGAGCGUCCAUUCAAGUGCAUAUACUGUGAAUACUCCAGUUCCCAAAAAACCCACCUCACCAGACACAUGAGAACCCAUUCAGGUGAGAGGCCUUUCAAAUGUGACAACUGCAGCUACCUGGCAGCCAACCAGCACGAGGUGACCCGCCAUGCCAGACAGGUCCACAAUGGGCCCAAGCCCCUAAGCUGCCCUUACUGCCAGUACAAGACAGCUGACCGCAGCAACUUUAAAAAGCACGUUGAGCUCCAUGUUAACCCUCGCCAAUUUCUUUGCCCGGUCUGCAAAUACGCUGCAUCCAAAAAGUGCAACUUGCAGUACCACAUCAAGUCCAGACACCCAGGAUACUCUGAUGUGGAUGUGUCUAAGGUCAAGCUGCGAGUCAAGAGGCCUGAUGCUGAUGAUCUCCCGCCAAAUAAGAAUAAUAAGCUUGUGAUAAAUCAGGUUGGAGAGAGACAAAGUAAGGAAGAAGAAAAAGGUGAAAUGGAUGAUACUGAAUCAGGUCCCAUCAACCUCUCCAUCAAGACACCCAGUAAACCCACCCCUGCUCUGGAGACAGAACUGACUGACAGGACUUCAAAGAAAAAUGCAGUUGUCAUUUGUAGAGAGAAAAAUGGAAAACCAAUUCAGCAACCCAAUGAAAAAACUGCAGAGAAAAAGUCCAUUUUGAAAAAUGAGGGGAAAGAGAAAAACAGUAAGAAGGUUAAAGCAAAGACUUUAGAGAAAGUUGCGGACAUCACCACGACUCAAACCGAGGGCUGCACUGACAAGCAAGAUAAUAAAAAGGAGAAAGAGAUUAAAAAGAUUGAGAGAUCUGUGGAGAAAGUUAAAAAACGCCGUGCUAAGAAAGAUAAGCCAUUGAAGGAGACUGCAAAUGAAGUAACUGCACAACAUCAAACCCUUGUUGCAGAGAAGCAAAGGUUGGAAUUGGUCAGACAGGAGAAGGAAAGACUGGAGAACGAUCUUGUAGAUAAAGAACAGCAGGAAAAACAGGAUAAGGAGGAAAAAAAUAGGCUAGAAAAAGAAAAACAAUUGCAGAAUGAGAAAGUGAAGGAGACUGAUGAAAGCACAAAGGAUUGCAGGGAAUCGCAAACCAAGAAACUAUACAAGAGGCAGACAAAAUCAACAAAAGUCGACACUGGAAAUGAUACAAAGAGUACAGAGGAAGUCCAAGAAGUCAGGACUAAACCAGUCAAAAGAAAAGCAGAGGCUAUGAACAUACCAGGGACUGAGACUUCAGAACAGAAAUGUCCUUCCAAGCGGGUCAAGAGCAAGAAGAAAAAUGCAACCAAGCUAUCACCUGGUUCAUCAGGUUCUCCACAAAGCAAUCGCACCAUACCUCAGGGUGUAAACGCCAUGAAGAGCAAAAGCAAGAACCCGGGAACAAGUGCAAACAGACCUGAGAGUUGCGUCACUGAACCUGAGAAGACCAGUGCAAACAUUGACAGUAAUGCAGGCCCAGAGAAUCUAACCACCCCACAAACUGAUGAACUGCCCACCACAGAACCACUGAAGGUACUUGACCAACCAGACCAGCAGAUACCAACCGUGGUGACCUGCCAAGAUGAGGGAGUUCACAAAGAGACCAGUUCUGUUGAGGAGGAACCCACAGUUGGAAUAACAGCUCUGAGCCAACUCCAGGAUCCAGAGCUAGAAUUGCUAAAAGAAACAGAAGGAAGGACCUCAGCUGAACCAAAGGAAGUAUUGGAGGUGGACAGUGGAAGUGAGAUGCUGUCACCUACUAACAGCGAGAGCUGUCCAGGAUUCAGCCAACAGCAGCCCGUUUUUAGCCCAACACUUGAACUUUCUGGUCCACCUCAUCUCAAAUCCACUGAGGCAGAAGAUGAUGAGGGUAUCCAUAGUAAUGAUGGGGGAAGUGACAUCAGUGAUAGUGCAUCUGAAGGAAGCAAUGACUCGGGUCUUAACGGACUGGCCGCUGCUAGAGAUGGUGGAGAGAAUCUCCCAGAAACUCCUUCAGAGGAGCUUCCAUCUUCAACCAAACUGCUUAGUCACACGUGUAUCUUCUGUGACCGUAUAUUCUCGUUGGAGAUGGACUACCGUCGUCACUUGAACCGCCAUCUUGUAAAUGUGUAUUACUUGGAGGGGGCGGCUCAGGUUGAAAAAUGAGGGGGAACCAUUUUGGACUCUUUUGUAUCUAAGACAACUAAUGAGCAAGUCUCUCUAAGCCUUUUCACUUCUGGAGUGAACAAAGUUGUGUGAGUUGAAAAAAUUGGAGGUGGGCUGCUCUGAAUGUCUACUCAAUGAUUUUCAGUGUUUUGCUUAAAAAAAACGAAAAUUGGCUUUAACUUUAAACAGAAAAGGUUAGUAAGAGAUUUGAUAUGCACAUUUUUACAUCUUGUGGCUAUACUUUUAAAAUGGUACUGUAACCACAACACAAGGGAUAAAUGUAAUUUUUGUCCAUUCAAUCACAAACUAACCGAAUCUUCACUUAGUUUAGUGCUCCGUGACAAAAUGAUCAACAUCACGUUUUUCCUGCGUUUGUUGUCACACUACUUGGAAGCAACAGAAGGAGGGCCACUCUGAAAGGAGGUACACUUUCUCCCUCCAUCCUUGCAGAGAGCUGAGAUUAGUCAGACCCAGGUGGUCCAGUUCUGAAUAGCCCGGGUGAUAAUGGGCCUUUCAGUGUCUUUGUGCUGUUCUACUCCACUGAAGCGCCUCCAUCUCUGGUCAGCAAGAGUCAUAGUGUGUGUCUAAAGCCGGCUAAAGUCAUUGUAUUCCUUGUAGCCUUUUACAGUUUAGAGUGCACUUGAAACCUACCAUAAUCUUACCUUUGAGGUUCUGUUUCACGUAAACUAAACAUUUCAUUUGAACACAAUAAGAUUUUUGCACACUUCCUACAGCUCUUUCUUUGAUUAAAUUGCUCUGCCUUUGAAGGAGAGUAACGUAUAGGUUUGUACAGUUUAAGAGAUUAGCAGGUAAAAGGUUCAUUUUUUUCAUUGUAUAUUAGCUAUCAGAGUUUAUACAUUCAGUCUUUAAGACUGAAUAUCUCACCUCUUGUAGAUUCUUUCUCUGUUCAUUUUCUGAUAAGACUUCAAUUCAUGCUAAGUCCAAAGAUUUUGUUGCUUUUAUUUGUUGAUAUACAGUAAUGAAUAUAUAUAUAUAUAUAUAUAUAUAUAUAUAUAUAUAUAUAUUUUUUUUAUUUUUUUUUUUUUGCUCUUCGAUGCCUCAGACAAUCAAUUUGAGCAUUUUAAAUCUCAUUUCCCAGUGGCUAGAUGGCCUUUUCUCCCACUUUUAACCAUACAGCAUUCCCUUCCACAUAUCAAAUGCAUUAACUACAUUGGAAAGUUAUUUAUCCAAAGUUUAUCUAAACAUAUCUGAGUGACUUUCUUUAUUGUGUGAGUAUGUGUUGUUGCCAGAACCCUUAUGUCAGUCAAUAUCUGCCAUGUUAUUCCCUCUUAAAAGAAAUACUGUAAGAGAAAAGUUACAGAAAUAAAUUGCCUUUAGUGCAUUCAGUGCAAUAUUGAAUUUUGGAUGUUACCAAAGCCAGAUGUAAUUGUUGUAGAGUUGUAUGAGCAAAAUCAUAGGCCUCAGACAGAGAGUGGCGCUCCUAGAAAACUAUCCACAAGUACUCCAGUGCCCCUGUAAAACUGCACACUUGAACGGUUGGACACUUUAUUACUGUAAAUUUGUCCUCAUCACUUUUUGUGUGUGUUAAGCACUGUUUUUCUUUUUCCUUCUUUAGAGUAGCUCGAUUACAGUUCACAACUUAAAUCUUUUGAUUCAUUUCCAUGUCAUGUUAAUCAAGUUUGUGACCAUCAUUUUAAUUUCUUUGUAAAAGUAGUCAAAUUAUAUCAGUUGAAAUAUAAUGUCCCCUUGAAUCAAGUUGGUAAUAAUGAUUAUAUUUGUUUUUUUAGAGCAAUAAUUUGGAAGACUGUUUAAUGUGAACUGUGUUGUGUUUAGCUGGACAUUUCAAUAAAACAAAAUUGCCACCA